AUGCAUUUCCGAAUUCUUCUUGCCCUCUUCGCAUUCACCAGCCUUUCUGUUGCCGAGGCGUCUCCGGAUGAAGGAGAUCUAGACAAGAGGCAAUUCAGUCCUCCCGGCUGUUUUUGCUGCACUGGCUAUGUUGUGCCAAACAUAGCUGGAACUCGAUGCGGCAAAGAUCAUGACACUUGCGAUAGCCGUGAUCGCCUCUGCUGCAGCAAGGGUGCUAUUGUCUGGCCUAAGAUUGAUUCCUCCAACAGUAGCUCUGUAGCGUGCAGAGGUUAA